AUGCUGACUACAGCUGACCGACUUACGUCAUCGUGUUACUGACACCUUAUCGUUAUGAGUGUGUCACUCAUAACAGAAUUUAAGAACUGUACAUGGAGAAAUUUGUCAAUCGUUUUCAGCAGCAUGUUUGGCUUUAGGUUUGAUUGAAGAUGAUGAUGAAUGGAAACGAGCUAUAAAUGAAGCUGUUGGAUGGAUGAUGCCAAGACAACUUCGUAGAUUAUUUGUACGUAUAUUAUUACAUUGUCAACCGUUGCAUCCCGAAGAGUUCUGGGAAAGUUUUAAAGUAGCAAUGUCUGAAGAUUAUAUUCGACAUUUUGGAAUGAUACAAGAACAAAAGAAAGCAUAUGCACAAAUCAAUGCCAUGUUGUGUGCUGAAAGCAAAAGUCUUGCUGAUUUUCCACAAAUGGAACAAUUGCAAGAAAAUAACAAAGAUGAUUUUAUGACACUUGAACAAGUUAUGGAAAUUGGUACCAAACAAUAUAAUCAAUUAAAUAAAAAGCAAAAAGAAAUAAUAGAAUUAAUAUAAAACAGAUUAGACAAUAAUAGUCAUAACAAUAAUUGUUUUUAUAUUGAUGGUCCAGGUGGUUCAGGUAAAACGUUUAUAUACACAAAUAUUUAUUAUUUAGCCAAAAUUCGAAAUAAACAUGUAUGUACGAUGGCUUUUACGGACAUUGCAGCGACGUUACUGCCUGCGGGAAAACGGUUCAUAAGACUUUUAGAUUGCCAGUUCCAUUAUUUGCUGAUUCAUCAUCCAGCAUUAAAAUACAAUCAAAAGAAGCGCAAUAUUUAAAAGAAAUAGAUAUUUAUAUUUGGGAUGAAGCGCCAAUGGCACCCCGAUAUGCUUUAGAGAUUAUGGAUCAAACGUUGCGUGACAUUAUGAAUAACUUACCUUUUGGAGGAAAAAUUAUCGAACUAAGUGGUGAUUUCAGGCAACUUCUUCCUAUUAAGAUACAUAGUAUCCGAUGUGAAAUCGUAAAUCUUUCUAUAAAGUUUAGUUAUACUUGGAAAAAUUUUGUAAGUUUUUCUUUAACGGAAAACAUGCGAGUUCUUCCAAAGGAAACUGAUUUUGCAAAGUUUUUAUUAGAUAUGGGAAAUGGCUCAUUAAAUAAUUCAAAUGAUAAUAUACAACUUCCAGAUUGUUGUAUUGCAUCCAUUAAUGCUGAUAUUGUAGAGGAUAUAUAUGGUGAUCUAAUACAAAAUAAAGAAUUUAAUAAAAUGGCUAAGUGUGCGAUACUUUCUGCAAGAAAUGCUGAUGUAGAUGAAAUUAAUAAACGAGUUGUCGAAUUAUUAGAUAUAUCUGAAGAACGAAUUUAUACAAGUAUAGAUAGUACCGAAAAUUGCGGUGAUAACGGUGACAUUGGAAAAAAUUUAUUACCAGAAUAUUAAAACUGGUCUUGAACCCAGCUCACACGGAUAGCAAAACAGUAGGCGCGCAUUUAGCACCCACGGCCACCGCGCUUCAUGUCGAAAAGUGGCUUUCCAUUUUACUUACCUUACCGGUCGAAAAUGCAUAUAUUUAAAAGUAAUUUUCUCAGAAACUAGAGCUCAUUCACCCAAAAGCCAAAACACGGUUUUUGUUCUUUCACCUUCCUUUUCGAAUGCACUAUGGCUCGUUUGAAAGUAGACGUAGCAAAUGUUAGCAUCUCCUUGUCAGUGUGCUGCAAGUUUGCUAAGACUAAUAUUGAACAUCAAGAGUCAGAAAAGAGAUUGUAGUUGAGCAUUUUUGCAUUCUAAGACGGAAUGUCUUCCAGCUCAAGAGAGAGCUAAUCCCUUCAAACAUUCAGGAAGACAACUCAUGCUGCAAGAAGAAUAUCUACAACAAGGCCAAACACAGGCUUUGACACUGGUCAGAUGAAGAGUGCACAAUACUGUUUGUGCUCUAGAAUUAUUUUUAUCAUUGAGAAACCAUUGAUUGAAUGAGUUGAAAAUUUACACAAGUUAAAAAUUUUUAAAAAAUUACAUAAACAUUAUUAAACACCAAGAUCUGCUUCAAUUAAAAAAUAGUAUUGACUUCAUUUAAAAGUACGUUCACUGAGUGGCUAAAUAACAAAGAUAAUUUGUUGGAUUGAAAGGUAAAACUUAAUCAUCUUCAACUACUACUUAAGGGGAUGCUGGAGAUGGGUCUGUUUUACCGAUUAAACGCGAUUAUUGUUUUUCUAAAAAAUCUUUUUGAUUACACAGAAUUAAAAAUCCUUCUCCAGAAUUAAAAUAUAGACACUAACGGAGUGCGCAGUACACAAGUUUAUAUGAAAAACGAACAAAAAUUAGAAAAUUACAGUUUUGUGAUCGACUCCUGUAGUCGACUCGUAAAAACAUUUGCUGCGUAUAAAAGUUUUAGACUUUGUACGUACAAAACAAGCGUGCCUCGCACAUUGCAUUAAAAGCAAGAACAAUUCUGUGCUUUUAGAAAUGAGCUUAGACGCUUCAGUAUAAUGAUUUCUUUUAAUGAAAAUCUUGUAUGUAUGUGUGAGUGCGGAUUCGGAAAAAGUCGGUAAGUAAUAUGAAAAAAAAUUUUUGUUUCUCGAUAUAAAAUCCAAUUCACAGAUUGAUAUUAAUAUGUGUACUUUAAUUCUAGAAAAGAAUUUCCAAAUCUAUAAAAGAAAUAUAUACGAAAUCUCAUUAAUGAUGUGCACAAAUGACUCUACAUUAUCGACCCCAAUCAAGUUUGAGAAGCAGUCCAGCAUCCCCUUAACUAUUUAGUGAGCGGUUAUGUUUCUAGAUGCCUAUUCUUUUCACUUAAUUUUGUAAAUAAAAAAAA